AGGGGAGGAGGAACUAGUAGUGGAAAAAAAAAAGUUAAAGUGAAAAUGGCUUCCUUUUCUUUAGAGUCUACAGAGCAGUCUGACAACAGUCCAGAGGAGCCAUCAUCGGCAGCUGAGUCCAAGCAAGACAGAGAUCCGUCCCAGCAGGUUUCGGAAGAGUUACUCCAAAGUUUCCAAAAGUCUGCGCUGAGCUUCUCCACUGAGCAGGUCUCGUGUCUGUGCGAGGCCCUUCUGCAGGCGGGCAAUGUGGAUCGCCUGUGGAGAUUUCUCUCCACCGUUCCUCCUUCGUCCGAGCUGCUACGUGGCAACGAGACCCUGCUGAAGGCCCGGGCUCUGGUGGCCUUCCACCGGGAGGAGUUCAAGGAGCUGUACGGCAUCCUGGAGAGCCACGACUUCCAGCCGUGCAACCACGGCUUCCUGCAGGACCUGUACCUGAGAGCCCGCUACAGGGAGGCGGAGCGGUCCCGGGGCCGCAGCCUGGGCGCCGUGGACAAGUACCGGCUCAGGAAGAAGUUCCCCCUGCCCAAGACCAUCUGGGACGGGGAGGAGACCGUGUACUGCUUCAAGGAGAAGUCCCGCAAUGCCCUGAAAGAGUGCUACAAGAGCAACAGGUAUCCCACCCCGGACGAGAAGAAGAACCUGGCCAAAGUGACCGGGCUGUCCCUCACGCAGGUCAGCAACUGGUUCAAGAACCGCAGGCAGAGGGACAGGACGCCGUCCGGGACGCACAGCAAGAGUGAGUCUGACGGGAACCACAGUACAGAGGAUGAGGCGAGUGCGAUGGAUGACAUCGCUGACAAACCAGAGGAGGCCGCCAGCGCCCCUUCCAUCAUCUCCGUCUCUGCAGUCCCUUGUAACACAGGAAGCCAGCUCAUCCUCAACGGGUCCAGUGGUUUCCUUGCAGCAUCCCAGCCAUUGCUCCUCAAUGGAAAUUCGCUGAUCUCCAGUGCCGGUGCUGGCGUCAUAAUUAACGGUCUAAGCUUGAGUGACUGUCAGACAGUCACACUGAGUCCGGUUGCGACCAACUCUUCUUUAAUCCUGAACGGAGCUCAAGUAAUAACCAAAUCUGGCAUUGGUGUGCAGCACCCGCAGCAAGCUGUUCCUUUGGCAGAACCGCAGGUCUCACACGUGGAGAACAAGCCAGUUAUUUUGAGCACUAACGCCAUGCAAGCCUCAAACCCUCCAGCCAUAAUUUCUCCUGUUCUGCAACCCAAAACGGAGAGCGGAAAUGAAAUGGAUUUCAUCAGUGUCUCUAAAUCAGAAGGCAGCAGCCAGACAACAUCGCCUUCUUCUUUGUCUUUAUCCCCUACUUCUCCAACUCUACCCUCCCCAACCAGUCUCCCUUCACUUGUCCUAACACAGAACCCCCAGCAACAAGAGUCCCUGACACUUCCAGCCUCUCUGUCAUGCUCAGGCAUGGUCAUUUCCAGCUCUGCCGUGUCCCUCCCCAGUCAGCAUGGCGCGUAUGUUGUCAGUGCCACUUUUGGCUCCCAGUUCAACCCCUCUAGUUCUGUGGUUUCCUCCAGCAACUCCACUUCUCAGGUCAUCUCGUUGCCCCAGGUUGUUCCCUCCAUCCAGGGCACGCCAGUAUCCCACCUGGUCCAGCAUUCUUCAGGAGUCCAGGCGUCCCAGUGUCCUCAGCUGGUCCCAGUAUCUCCGCUCGCCUCCCCGGCUCCUCAGUUCCAAGCUCUGAACGCAGGAAACAGGGCUGCACAUCAGCAGCAAGAUGUUUCCAGUACCCUGUCUGAAUGUGCCAGAACCAUAGUUUCAAUCUCACAACUUGGUAACAGUCACUUCCCGCAGCAAUUGGCGCACCAGCUGGGAGAACAAACUUCGAACUCUACGCCCAGCAAAAUCCAGGGUUCCCAGAUUAUUUCCAUAUCCUCCCCAACACAAGUUGUUCCAGUCCCUCAGGGCAAAGGAAACACGGCUGCACAGCUGGUCCCGCUCUCCAUGCCUCAGCUGGUCCCAGUCUCCUCCAUCCAGACUUCCACCAACAUUUCUUUACCCCAAGUUGUUCCUCCCAGCCCUUCUCUGUCCAUCCCCUCUGCUGGGGUACCUUUGCAAAUUCUGACUUCGGCAACUGGUGGGGUCACGCAGGGCCCUCUCAGGAUAAACCAGGUGAGACCCCUUCAGAGCGUCACCCCAACCAGCGUGGCCCCGACAAUGCAGCUCCUAAACCCAGGAAUCAUUCAGCUGCCCUCUGCUCCUCAAGGUAACCUCCUCCUCGGUGGAAGCCCCUACCUGAGUGUCCAACAGGGGAAGCUGAUCCUGACCAUCCCAGCGGGCAUUCAGCUCACCAGUCUGCCCCUGAAACCGGUUCCAGAUGCUACACCCAUCUCUGCAAAUGGUUUGAGUCCAGCUCUCAACCCUUCCACCAUUACAUUGGCCUCUCAGCCUCAAGCCACCUCAUGCUCAACCUCCAGUGGCCUCACUACAUCUCCCUUGAAUUUCAUCAACUCGUCUCCGACGUAUUGUGCUCCAGAGACCGCUAUCGCCACCAGCCAGACGCUCGCCAUUCCCACCACUCACACCUUGGACCAGUCCGUCACCGCCACAACGCCAAGCACGCUCACCCCGGAGAGCCUGCUCACCCUCAGUCCCAUGUACAGUGGGCUGACACCAAACAUCCAGCUGUCCCAGCCAGCGUGGAGCCCCGUGCCGCUCUCCACAUCGGCCAGCCUGACUCUGUUCGACGUUCGCAGCAAAGGGGAUCUGCCAGUAGACCCAGCUUUGUUAGGCUUACCUGGCGGAGAGUCGCUACUCCUGGCAAGUCCAUCGCCGGAGCAAGACGAAGGAGCCGGCUCACCGCUGGGGAACCCAGAGGAGAUGGAAGGGGACUCUAAGAUCCUCACCCAGCUCCAGUCUGUCCCUGUGGAUGAGGAGUUAGGCUUGUAGUGUCUUUAAGAAGUGGACUGGAGAACAUUUACACCAGACUUUGCUAUCUCUUUUAACCACCUGACACAUUGUCUGCUAUCUACUUUCUUUCUAAAGCCUUUAUGGUCCUAGUGGGCAUCUUUGAGAAAAGUCCUCUGGACCUCUAUUUCGCAGGAAUAAGCAGGGUUACGUGAGGUAUUCACCUGCUACGUCAAUACAACAUGAUUUCUCUGGGUUUUUAAAGGGAGAAUUUUACAUCUCUUAGGUUUUCUUGUCUUUUUUUUUAAAACAUGAUUCACAAGAAUAAAACAGAAGCACAAACCUGAAUUUGCCAGCUUGGCAAAUGUACAGGUUUCAGUGUUUUUUGUAACUUUGAGUUCUGAUAACCAAAGUCCCUUUUAUUACAUCUAGAGGUUUUGCUGGCAAAGGAAGUAGCACUACGUACACUAGUGCACCUGCUAAAGAGGACACAUCUGAAAACAGUUGUGGCAGGACACAAGAUACUCCAGAAUGUCUUUAUUCAUACUCUUAUCUGAAUAUGUUAUCUGACCAACACUCCAAGAAUGCAGUGAAGAUUAUAUUCAACACAAGAACAACAGGCCUCAGCUUUAAGGGCAACACAACAAUAUUUUAUAACAAGCUGUAAGUGCUACUAAGGUCUAUCUUGAAGCAUUUAGACUGACUUUAUUUAAAUGUAACUGAUUAAUGACUUUCUGCAGUUUUCAAGCAAGCAUGCUGCCCUCCAAUGAUUUAAAAAAAAA